AAACAAUUCCGAAAAAUGUGUGUCACAAGUAAAAUACAUAUCAGGUCGAGCUAUCUGAACAAACAGGUUGAAUUUGUGAUACCUUAUGGUGGCAGUGUUUCAGUAAUUUGUCGCUUCAGUUCCACCAUGGAACUCAGAUUUUUGUUAGGGGUAGUUCUUUUAGUGUUGUGCGCUAGUACAUUGGGACAAGAAGAUAAUGCAGAAAACACAAAUUCGGACAGUGAUGUAGAAGCGGUGCCUGGUGUGCUUGCAGACGCAGGUGAUUCUGAUGGUCAGCCUGUACCUGCGGAAGGUGAUCCUGGAACUGGAGGUGACCAAGGAACAGAUACAAAUGUCGAUCCCAACUAUGAUGAAUCUGUAGAUCCUCCCGUUCCUAUUCCUGAAAAUAGCGAGUCUAACGAUUCAGAGAAUGCGGCAGAAGUAGGCGAAGGCGAGGCCGCUCCUGUAGACGACUCUUCAUUACACACGGGGCAAAAAGUUCUUCGUAUGGGCCAAUAUGUCAUUUAUUAUGACCCUGAUUACGAUCCAAUGACCUCACAUGUUGCCCCACAAGAUACUGACCAAAGAGGAGGAUCCGGUACUCCAUACACCCUAACGGAAAGUCGUUUGGCUACCAUCAGAAACCUCUUUAUGUAUCCUUUCUACAACCAAGGGGGAAACGUUGAUAAUGAGGGAGAUUACCAAAAGGAGAUUCAAGCCUCUUCACCUCAGGUACACAAGAAUUUGAACUUCCAACUGCCAUUCUUCGGCUUCAGAUUCAACUACACCAGAGUAUCGCUAAAUGGUUAUUUGGAGUUCAGCGAUCCGCCACCAAACUACGAAUAUCCUUUGGUAUUUCCCGUCAGGGAUUGGCCGAAGAGAAACGAUCCGUCUUUCAUUGGAAUCUUCUUCAGCAAAUGCAGGAUCGGAAACCUUAGGGACGACGAUCAAGAUCAACGCAACCCAGGAGUGUAUUUCCGCAUGGAAAGGGACUUGCUGACCAGAACUGACCAGAUGGGAGUCGAAAUACGCGAGAGACUCAAGUGGGAUAUUCGCGAAGGAGUAAUUGGUGCUGAGGCGUUUGAACCCAAACAUGCCAUUAUUGUGACCUGGAAGAACAUUUCGUUCAAUGGCGGCUUUGCCAAUGCAUUGUUCCAGACCAACACAUUCCAAAUGGUUCUGGCCACUGAUGAAGUUUACACCUAUGCAAUGUUCAACUAUCUGGAUAUUUCCUGGACGAGUCACACUGAAGCUGGAGGAGACACGCGAAAAGGAGAAGGAGGAGUUCCAGCUUAUGUGGGAUUCAAUGCCGGUAACGGCACAAGAAGUUGGGAGUACAGCCCAUACAGUCAGGCCUCUGUAAUUCGGGAUUUAUCUGGACGAGGUUACGCGAACGGGUUCCCUGGAAGGCAUUUGUUCAGGAUCGAUGAAAAUAUUCUAGUAGGAACAUGCAAUAAAGACAUAGAUGGUGCAAAUUUGCCGCUAAUGUUCGCUCCUGAAUCGGGCAACAUGUUGGGAGGUACAGUGGUGAACAUUACUGGGCCAUGUUUCAACCCUACCGAUCAGGUGAUUUGCAAAUUCGAUGUAGCUGACGUGGUUUAUGGUACUGUGGUGAGCAGGAACAGGGCCAUUUGCAUCCAGCCUCCUCUUAUGGUCGAGGGUUAUGUGAGGUUUGAAAUUGCAAUUGGACCAGGAGUUUACAAGUGGAAAGGCCAGUACUAUGUGGAAACACCAGCUAGUGCUGCACAGAAAAUCUACUUCAAAGACAUGAAAGUGCACGAUAAAGCUCCUAGUGAGAUCAAGAUUACCUGGGAGAAGUACAAUUUGACUGCAAAUGAUGCCGCCAACAUCAGGAUUUCUUUAUGGGGUUAUCGGGAGACCACAAUACGUCCAACUCUUCUGUAUAUCACAGAUAUCGCAGAAAACGUGCAGAAUACUGGAGAGUACACCAUCACACCUUCGCAAUAUAGGAACAGGGAAAACACCUUUUUAACCGAUUUACAGUUUGGCUUCCUCCAAAUCAAUCUAACUGAAUCGAUUCCUGUUCAAGCUGAUUACAGUGGCACCGGUUCUUCUUCUACCACCACUAAUACAGCGGUUACCAUCACUCCGGUAGUCUGGAGCAGACCAAUUCCUCUUGGAUGGUAUUUCAACUGGCAGUGGGAGCGAAUGUACGGGACAAACUGGCCUCGAAUUCUGUGUGAUGAUUGGCUGAGAACCGACAGAUAUCUGAAGAAUUUCGCUCACGAACUACCUCAAUGUCCGUGCACUUUAGAACAGGCCUUGAUUGAUAAAGGGAAAUAUAUGCCCGAUUUCGAUUGCGAUAAGGAUUCCAAUCCGACUUGCUACUACAACAAUCAGGCCGUUCAUUGUGUAAGAACCGGAUCACCCACACUGGAAGGAUCAGAGCAACAAUGCUGCUACGACAAAAACCACUACCUGAUGUUGUCCUACGAUCAGCAAUGGGGUUCCAGCCCCAAACGAUGCCACAAUCUCGGCCUGAUGCCCUACCAGGAAGCCACCAAAGUGCCCACCUUAUCCCAAUGGUUCAACGAUAUGGUACCCAAAUAUCUGUGCUGUUUAUGGCAAGAAGAGCAAGCGGUUGGGUGCGAAACGGUUCGAUUCGAGCGAAGACCCAGCCAGGAUUGUGUGGCCUACCAAGCUCCAGGUAUUGCUGGAAUUUACGGCGAUCCUCACAUUGUCACCUUCGACGAUCUGGAUUAUACGUUCAAUGGAAAAGGGGAGUUCGUACUGGUCAAAUCCAAAACGAAAUUGAACAACAUUGAGGUGCAAGGGCGCUUUGAGCAAAUGGAUCCCAAUCUCUACGGAGAGGUGCGGGCGACUCAACUGACAUCGGUGGUUGCAAGGGGUAAUACUUCCACAGUGGUGGAGGUGAGAAGAAGACCGGAAUAUGCCAGAUGGAGAUAUAGACUGGACGUGAUUGCAGACGGCAAAAGAGUAUAUUUCGAUAGACCUUCUUUGAAGUUCCAACAUUUCCCAGGCGUUACUGUUUACACUCCUACAUAUAUUUUGAACCAAUCUGAAGUUAUCAUGAUGUUCGACAAUGGUGUCGGUGUGGAGGUACUUGACAAUAAUGGUUACAUGACAGCCAGAGUAUUUCUACCAUGGUCCUUCAUCAACAAGACGGCCGGAUUGUUGGGCAAUUGGAGUUUCAACAAGGAAGAUGACUUUACUCUCCCCGAUGGACAAAGAGUCAGUGUUGUUACCAAUGUAAAUGACAUGGAACGAGUUUACACCCAAUUCGGAUUGCUAUGGAUGGUGAAUGAUGUCCUGGACGCUGAUAGAGGUAGAUCACUGUUCCUGCGAGAAAACGGCCAGACUUCCUCCAACUAUAAUAACCGCUCUUUCGUGCCAAUAUUCCCGAUGACUCCGGAAGAAAUCAUUCCGGCAAACCGGUCCAAUCUGAUCCAAAGAACUCACGAAAUCUGCAAUACCCAGAUGUACGAGUGCUACUACGAUUAUGCGAUGACUUUGAACAGAGACUUGGCUCAUUACACGCAAAACUACAAAACCACGAUAUAUAAAUACAAGGGAAUUUCUCGAACAAAGGUCGUUUCUUGUGGUAUUAUGCCAACGCCCCGAUUUGGCCGAAAAAGUACAUUUUUGUUCAUACCCGGUACCAGAGUAACAUUUGAAUGCGAGCAGAACUUUGUGCUGAUUGGAGACAAUCGAAGAACUUGCGGAAGUGAUGGACAGUGGGACAUUCCCGAAUAUGGCUACACCCACUGCUUGCGUCAACAAGAAUACUCGCAACGUCAACUAGCGGUCGCUUCUGGAAUAGUUUUCCUAGUACUCAUACCGUUACUGAUACUAAUCGCCUACAUAGCGUAUAGAGUGUAUUUAAAAUAUGUUGAUAGCGAGGAAAGUUCUUGGCAAUACCAAAAGCCUGUCAUGUUAGCUCGUAGCUUUAGCCCGACUUCUGAUGCGUUCAGCAACCCGUCCAGCGACAGAUCGAGCACUGAUAGCAUGUUUAAGAGGAAGCGUAGCUACGAUAAGACUUAUCGCACUCAUGAGCCGUUAACCGGUUUGCCCGAAACCGAUUUCGAGCAGAAAGAACUCGACCCGAAUGAGCCAGAAUUUGAGCCAAAGUCGCCCACUAGUCCUACUCCUAGUUCAGUUGUUUACAGUCAACCAUUCCAAAGCCAGCCCGAUUUGGUUAAUCCUGCUGGAAAAGAAAGGCUCACUUAUGGCUCGGAUGACUACGCUAUUCCAGUUAAAAAAAAUAACGUUUCUCCUACUGCAAAGUUUUUCCCUAGUUCGCAAUUGUCUCCAACAGACAAAACAAGAAUGAGCAGUCAGAGCAACAUUGUGACUGCGGUGUAGCUGAAUGUCUGAAAGGAGAUAUCAAGUUGCUUUACUUUUUAACAUAAAUAUGCCCUUUGGCUAGAUUUCUGGCAUGUGGAAUAGUGAGUUUUCUUUAGCUAAGACGUACAAAUGAAAACAAGCUUUUAAUAUUCUGGGCAUACUCCGGCGGAAAUUUUACCUGUUGUGAUAAAGGAUGACAGUUUAGCUAUAUUUGUACCCACAAAACCAGAACGUUGCCAUUCAAAUUAUAUUUUUUACUGGCUAACUAAGGAUAUUUUGUAAGCAGAGUUAUUUAAUACAUGUUUUGGAUUAUA